AUGAACGUGAGCGCGUACUUCGACUACUGUGACCGCGAGAUCCCCCACCGGCGUCGCAGCGACAUCAUGCGGUUCUUUGACAUGGGCUACCUGAACAACGUGCACCAUGAUCAGAGCAUUGUCACCAUCGGCCCUGAUACUCAAACGAGCGAGGUGGUGCGUCUGGAGCGCUUCAGCUGGGACUUUUCCAAGGGAGCCGAGGAGAGCCGCCAGAAGAUCGACCACUAUGCUCGCCUCUACGCGAACGCCUUUGAACCAGACGAGAUUCUGCCCCAGGGGUGCAUCAAGCCAUCCUCCCUGGUGUGCAUGCUGAGUGUGGUGGAUUUCCGGGGCUCGUGGAAGCAGGCGUUCGACGACCGCACCGCUACACGCGGCCUUUUCCACGAGUCGGACGGCCGUGCAACCACCGUGAUCAUGGUGCACCAGACGGGACGCUUCCGUGUUGCCAAGUGUCCCGAUCUGAACGCCACGGCUGUCGAGCUGCCUUAUGAGACACCUGGGCAGUGUCCACGAAGUGCGACGUGCCGGUCACACUCCGGCCUAAGCACGCCCAAGAGCGGUUCUAUCACAAAAGCCGCUGUGGAUGCAUUCGCUGGCCCGGAGUUCUCACUCGUAGUCUUACUACCCAUGGAGAAGGACGGCCUUGAGCUACUGGAGUCGAAGCUGAACGCGUUCACGGCCAUGACCUGCUUUGGCCAGCUCAAGGCCCGCAAACGUGUCAGGGUCAGUCUGCCCCUCCUGAAGGUCAAACUGGUGACGGACAUGAUACCGGUCCUCGCCGCCCUCGGUGUCAAGCGCGUGUUCACGGAAGACGCCGAGCUAUGGGGUUCGACGGCAGGUGAUAAGCGGGUAACGCUGAUGCGCCACGCGGUUGCCUUCGAGACCGCGCAGAGCGGAGGCCGGCCGCAGCCGCGAACCAAGCAGCGUGGGCUUCACCUGAACGGACUUAUGCACGGAAUCCGCGCCUUGGUGAAGGUCCCGCGCCAGAUCGAACAAUUCACCGUGGACCGGCCCUUCGCGUUCUUCGUCACCUGUGCUCACCCGCAAGCGAUCAUGCUGCUGGGUUCUGUGCGCCAGAUCUCUUCGUGA